UACGUCAUAAACUGUCCCCUGUAGCUGAAGGACAGAAUCCUGACAGUUGGCACCAGAAUCAGUUUUAGAUGAAACGUUUGAACUCCAACAGCUCCAACGGUUCGGGAACUUCCAACGGUUCUGAUAACAGGAGAGGGUCAGCUUUGGCGAGCCAGACAAAAGCAUGGAUAUUGGUGAAAGUUCACUCCCUGCCAGCAUAAACCAUAAUAACUUUCCUGCCAAACUGUGGCGUUUGGUGAACAACCCGGCAAAUAAAGCCAUCUGCUGGGACAGCUUCGGCGAGGUCAUCAUCAUCGAUCAACAUCUCUUCGAGAGACAGAUCCUGUCUCCGAGCACCACCACCUUGGACAACGCCGACGCAUUUAAAACGACCAACUUCUCAAGCUUUGUCCGUCAGCUCAAUCUGUACGGCUUCAGGAAAGCAGAUCCAGCUGUUAAAGACAACCCCACCGGGGACAGCGGGGCGUAUCAUCAUUUUCACAACCCAAACUUCAAGCGAAACCACCCUGAACUUGUUGCGAGUCUGCGGAGACUCACUGUCGACAAUAAGGCCAAGCUACAAGCUGGUCUGAACGUGAAUUGUCGGCCCCCGAGCCGAUACCAGCGAUUCAGUGGGGAUGAUGAUGGCAGAGAUAAAAAUGUGAAAAGAGGCCGUUCUUCACUACGUAGCCCCACACAUCAGGAGUCAACUCAUCCUUACUAUCCAAAUAAAGGCCAGGCCAUGACGGCGCACAAUGGAACCCCAGUCCCGCCAAGAUACCUGAUAAGGGGUCAUGGUGCAGCUCUUUCUCCUACUGUCUUUGGUACAGAGAAAGGGAUACCAGUAUCUUUAAGCCACCACUACGCUGGAGUAGCCUCAAGCUCCAGUGCGGUACACAUUCAGCAGGGUUUACUGGCCCGUGCAAACCAUGGAAAUCCAAAUGUCCCCAGUUUUAAUCCUCCUAAUGCACAAUAUCAGCCUGGCUAUUAUUCCCCAGUUUGCCAGUGCUACCAUCCAAACCUUGUGGCAUCACAUAUGACAGGUAGUGGCCUUCAGACUGGGCUGUUCUCCCCUCACAGUUAUUACCAGGCAAGCUAUCCUGUGAAUAUGGUGUGCCGUGGGGACCACAAUCAGGACUUAGAGAGUAAGGAAAACCAGGAGGUGAAAAAAUGCGACAUUAACUUGGACACAAUUUUCCAGAUUGCCGAUGAGGUGAUGCAAACUCCGGCCAAUAGCUACCUGGUUAGAGUUGCGACCCCAGAGAAGCCAAGCCCUGUGUUAGUGCCGUCCUCCAACACCUGUAACACCAUGUUUUGUGACAACCCUGCUAGCACCACGAAAGCUAACCCUUUGUGUGUUGGACCCAUUAUAAUGGCUGUGUCAGGCAAUCCUAAUCUAGUCACAUACGAACAGCAGGAGGAAUCUGUGGUUUUCGUACCUGAGCAAAUGCCUGAAGAUGCCAUAUUUGAGGUUACCAGUGAUGAUGCAAAGGACACUGAGGUCAUAGGUGUGGAGGUUAGCGACACUCUCAGGGAUACCAGUCAGGCUUACAACAGCAGCUGCACAGGAAGUAAACCUGAUCAUUAGAUCUCAACUUGUUGAUUUGAUUGGCAUGUGACAGAGUUCUCACUAGUACCAGACUUUAUUCUCCACUUUAAUGAUUCUUUGCUGCUUUGUUCUAAUUGAAAUCUUAUUUUAAAAACAUUUGCAAAAGUAGUUCAAUGUUCAAUUUUUGUGCAUUUUCAUAGUGGUUGUUUUCCUUAUUGUUAGUGACUUUGGAAAAUACAUUAAUUUAACAUUCAAAGUCAUGUUUUCUGUUUCUCUAAGAAUUAGAAUGACUUGUACCACAGUACAUUUUAAAAAAUUGUAAAGCAAGGUUUUACCUCUAUUUUUAGCACAGUAUUAACUAAAAUGUUUUAACAACUUGUGAUGUUUUUAAAGAAUUGUAAUUUAAAGCAAUUUUAUUUUAGUAUUUUAUAUUUAGUUUUCUAAAUAUUUGCAGCUUUAAGCCUACACUCAGCCUCUCCCCGUUUUAAUGUGCACUUUUUUUAAAAACUUAGUUUGUUUUUAACAUAACUGGUAGUGUUUGUCUGUAAUAGGGCAGAAAAUAUUAAAUUAUAUAAAAUACGAUUUUUAAAAUCUACUAGUGAUUGAUUGCUUUGUGAUGGUGACCAAGUGGUGGUUGCAUUUCCCCACCUUGUUGUGUUUCACUGCAUCACUUCAAAGGUGCAGUGUUUUGAAAACGUGUAACUGACAGGUUUUUAAAGGCAAGUGUGUAAAAGUAUUAUCAAUAAAAUUCCAUAUAUUUUCGACAAUGCA